AUGGCUUCCAGUGACAACCUGCAAGGGCAGGCUAUCGGCCUAAUCUUUGCCUUUCCGUGCUUCGCGAGCGUGGCUGUGGCUCUGCGGCUUUACAGCCGCACGUUGACGCAGUCGUUUGCCGCAGAUGACUGGGUUAUUUGCGUCGCAAUAAUCAUGUAUUGGGCGGAGACCUUUACAUCUUAUAAAGUGAUAAUUUACACGUACAUCGGAUAUAACGUCUGGGAUAUACCGAAAGACCAUCCCGCCAUUCUCGGUGGCAAAUAUACCUAUGCAACCGAGCUCAUUUACAAUCCCAUCUUGGCCCUCGUCAAGACCUCCAUCCUACUCUUCUUGCUACGCCUAACUGGCCAGAAAAAGUCGGUGCGCCUAGCCAUCUGGGGACUCUUAAUUUUCAACGGUAUCGCGGCUAUCAUUACAUUUUUCAUCACUGUCUUUCGAUGCAUGCCCGUUGCCGCUAAUUGGGAUUCGGUCGCAUAUCCCGAUGCCAAGUGUCUUGACUUUGCCAACUUCGUCACCGCCACGGCCUCAGUCUCCAUUCUCACUGACGCCCUUUCUUUAAUACUACCGACAUGGAUCGUGUAUCGCCUACAGAUGCAAUGGAAUCAGAAAUUGAUGCUGAUCGGUAUUCUAUCAUUGGGUCUUUUAACUGUGGUGACUGGAAUUGUUCGCCUGAUUCUCCUUGACAAUUUCGACCGUCAUAUGCCCAAGAAUUACACACAUUCGGUGCUCUUUUGUGUAUCUACCAUCGAAGUUGGCCUCUCAUUUAUCGCUGCGUGUGCUCCCUCGUUUAAACCACUAGUUACCCGGAUCGUCCCGAAGCUUUUCGGCUCGACCCGCACCGGCCCGUAUAACGGCUCCACCAACCGGAGCGGUCGGGCCCGGUUGGGUUACAACCUCGAGGAAACAACGAACUUCACACAUCGCACGCAAGAUAAGAUCACCACUACCGUUGAAGGCGGUGAUGACGAGCUCAGCUACAGUCCCACGAAUUUGAAAGCCAAUAAUGUGAUCACCAUGACAACGGAAAUGGAGGUCACCUGGGAUCGGUCUAAUAUUGAGGAGCAAGAGACUAGCAGCACAGAGAGUCUUGUCUACGGGAAGGAAAGGAGCAGGCGUUCUUAG